UCGAGUUUCGGCUGAGGUGGAUGGUGUUGAAUUGUUUUCGCCAAAACGCUCUCCGUCUGAUAGGUGAUCCGGAAACGUGACGCUGCCUGCAAAGUGUGAACACGCCCGAUGGUGGGCCAUAUCCAGCUUGCAGUUCUUGUGUGCCUGGGAUCUCUCGUCGCUGGUGCAGCUUCAUCGCCAGGUUUGUGGUGCCGGCUUGUGCCCUCAUUUCAGUAACAGUUCCUGCUACUGAUCCUCCAUAAUCCCGUCUGUCCGCGCUUUCAGUCGACCGCACCAAUUUCGUCCAGCCAGUUCUCCGUAUUCCAGACGUGGAAUCAUCAUCUCGUCUAGGAUCCACGCGCCGCUCCCUGCUCAUAAAGGCGUCGCCUAAUCGCGACACACCAUGUGCUACCAAGCUAACCUGGUGGAACCAGACGGAUUACACCGGCGCGAAAUGGGUGACUUCCGCUCCCAGCCCGACAGUCGGGUGCCUCAAUAUCCCCUUUAAGUACCUCCCCGCUACGAAGUACGGAUCGCUCAAGCUCGAGUGGUACGCGCCGACAAGCGCCAUGAAACGCGACAUGUACUUCGUCACUUGCAAGGAGGUGCACUUCUGGCCAACGAGGAAUUGCGAAGUUGGUAACACGGACUACCUCACAUAUCCUACCGACCACAGCCCUCCUUCGCCAACCAGGCGACCGAAGUUCCCCAGAGCGCCUUUCCGGCCUCACUCCAUCAGCUGCAUCUACAACCAGGACCUCAACAAGCUGUACUCUUGUCCGCCUAACAGCACGCUGGAUGGCACUUGGGCCGGCGCCAAGUGUUGGUGCAAUUCGGGGUUCGUGGAGAGAGGUGGCAAGUGUGUUGAUGUUUGCACGCCUCUCAAUUGUGGAUCCCAUGCCAACUGCUAUGUCAAGAACGGAGCUGGGGUGUGUAACUGCACUGAGGGUUACCGCCGUGUGAAAGGAAAGUGCGAGGCUAUAGGCCACUCGGAUUUCCUUGAUCCCCACAAUGCUGCUCGUGCUGCCAUCGAGCUACCCGCUCUCAAAUGGAGUGACUCAUUGGCAACGAAAGCGGAGGCAUGGGUGGCACAUUUGGGAAAGAUUGACAACAAAUGCAGGACAAUGAACCGAUCUUCUGCACUUUCCAGCUAUGGCCAGAACCUUUUGAGCACCUUUGGGAUUGGGCAAUGGGCUCCCAGCGAAGUGGUGAACGUGUGGCUGGGUGAGAAGAAGUUCUACACCUACUCUCCAGUGCCUGCUGGAUGCCAAACCGGCAAAUUCUGCUCCCACUACGUUCAAGUUGUUGCGAGGAAGACAAUGGACGUGGGUUGUGGCUCCUAUACAUGUGGCAAAGCAGGCACCAUGUUGUGGGCAUGUUUGUAUUGGCCUAAGGGCAUCGAAAACAAGAAGUACCCGUAUUAGGUCGUAUUAUGUUUUAUGAGAUCAAUGGGGGUAGUGAAAUAUUGUGGAAUGGGAACGGAAUUUGAUUUUACUACACCAUGUUAAUAGAAUUAAUGUGAAGAG